GUCCUAAGGAAUUUUUUAAUCUCUUUUUGACGUUUUUUAUGGCUGGGAUUAUAAAAACUAUACACUUUUAUUGAAAACAAUAAUUGAGUAGGAGGAUUGAAAAUUAUUUUAAAAUAUCGUUGUAAUAAGUAUGGGUGUUUGUUUACUAGAUGAAUGAAUGAAUGAGAUUAUAAAAUGGUUACGGAUACAUUUUGGAACUAUUAAGUCUUUUUUUUAAGUGGGGAAAAUCAUCGAAUGACUGCUCCCGCCUGGGUGAGGCGGGAGGGAGUGUCAGACUCUUACUGACUAAAAACCACCCCGUUCCAUCUCCUGCACGUCGAGCCGGAGCCCCGGUUACCCGUUAG